AUGUCGGCCUUCAGGCACAGCAAGCCGACGGUUGACUGGGAAAAGAUAGACCGGGAGUUGGAGGCGAUCAGCUCGGAUUAUCGAAUGCCGCGCUUCGACUCGUUGGCGCACGUGGUGGAGAUCCUGGGAGGCAUAGACCCCAAGGACGCGAUCGAGGAGCUGAAGGGACAGAAAGAGCGGCUGGAGCGGCUCAUAGACUCUGUCGUCGACGUUUACCACAACGGAUUCAACCUGGCCAUCCAGAACUAUUCGCAGAUCCUGCAGCUAUUCAGCGGAUCUCGAGAGCAG